UCAACUCAGACCGCAAGAGAAGAGACAUCGUCACUGACCAACUAGGCGGCUGGGGACAGAGAGUGAACCGCAGGGCCGGCACCGCCGCCCAUACUCAAGAUGGCACCGGCCUGAGACUCACCGGCGCGGCCGCCCCAUCUCGGUUCCGGGUUCUUUUGCCCCAGUGGUGGCGUUGUAGGGCUGAAGGCUGGCAUCCUGUCCGGCUUCCAGACCCGUCUCUAUGGUGCCGGAGAGACCGGACCUCAGAAGAUUGUGGGUGUAGUGGCCAGAGUAUCACGGGGGAGGCAAAGGUGGUUGGUGUCAGCAGGGGGCGAAGAGGGGACCGAAGCUAAGAUCCUCGGCCGCCUCCCCCGCCGCCCUCCCGCAGGUCUGCUUGGCUUUGAGGAGGAGCUGCAGCACCCCUGCCUCACGGCCUAAGGGAUGGGCUCAGAGAACAGCGCUUUGAAGAGCUAUGCCCUGAAGGAACCACCGUUCACCUUACCCUCUGGACUUGCUGUUUACCCCGCUGUAUUGCAGGAUGGCAAAUUCGCUUCGGUUUUUGUGUAUAAGAGAGAAAACGAAGACAAGGUUAAUAAAGCUGCCAAGCACUUGAAGACACUUCGUCACCCAUGCUUGCUAAGAUUUUUAUCUUGCACUGUGGAAGCAGAUGGUAUUCAUCUUGUCACUGAGCGAGUGCAGCCUCUGGAAGUGGCUUUGGAAACAUUGUCUUCUGCAGAGGUCUGUGCUGGGAUCUAUGAUAUAUUGCUGGCUCUUAUCUUCCUUCAUGACAGAGGACACCUCACACACAACAAUGUCUGUUUAUCAUCUGUAUUUGUGAGUGAAGAUGGGCACUGGAAGCUGGGAGGAAUGGAAACAGUCUGUAAAGUUCCUCAGGCCACACCAGAGUUUCUAAGGAGUAUUCGGUCAGUAAGGGACCCAGCAUCUAUCCCUCCUGAAGAGAUGUUUCCAGAAUUCACAACUCUGCCAGAGUCACACGGACAUGCUCGGGAUGCCUAUUCUUUUGGGACAUUGGUGGAAAGUUUGCUCACAAUCUUAAGUGAACAGGUUUCAGCGGAUGUUCUCUCCAGCUUUCAGCAGACCUUGCACUCAACCCUGCUGAAUCCCACUCCAAACUGUCGGCCAGCGCUCCACACCCUCCUGUCCCACGACUUCUUCAGGAAUGAUUUUCUGGAAGUUGUGAAUUUCUUGAAAAGUUUAACAUUGAAGAGUGAAGAGGAAAAAGCUGAAUUUUUCAAGUUCCUCCUGGACAGAGUCAGCUGCCUGUCAGAGGAAUUAAUAGCUUCACGGCUGGUGCCUCUUCUGCUUAAUCAGUUGGUCUUUGCAGAGCCAGUAGCUGUUAAGAGUUUUCUUCCCUACCUCCUUGGCCCCAAAAAAGACGGUGCGAGGGGAGGAGCCCCCCGCCUGCUCUCGCCAGCGCUGUUCCAGGCCCGGGUGAUCCCCGUGUUGCUGCGGCUGUUUGAGGUGCACGAGGAGCACGUGCGGACGGUGCUGCUGUCUCACCUGGAGGCCUACGUGGAGCACUUCACCCAGGAGCAGCUGAAGAAAGUCAUCCUGCCCCAGGUAUUACUGGGCCUGCGUGAUACCAGCGAUUCCAUUGUGGCAAUUACUCUUCACAGCCUGGCAGUGUUGGUCUCUCUACUUGGACCAGAGGUGGUUGUGGGAGGAGAAAGAACCAAGGUCUUCAAACGCACUGCCCCAAGUUUUACUAAAACUAUGGACCUUUCCGCAGAAGAUUCUCCCACGCACGUCGUCUGCAGCCAGCGCAGUCCGAUCUCGCCCGUCUUGAAGAACCCCUCCUCUAGCAUAUUCCCCAAAUGUUUUUCUGCCAACAUGCCCAUCACCAGCAAGCAGCACAUACAGCGAGAUUACUACAGUACUCUUUUACAGACAGGCGAUCAGUUUUCUCAGCCUAUUAAAUUUCCCAUCAAUGGAAUCUCAGAUGUGAAAAUUACCUCAGGAGACAGUGAAAAGUUCCCAUCAAGUUCUAAAAAGUCUGAGGAGUGGCCUGACUGGAGCGAGCCUGAGGAGCCUGAGAACAAAACUGUCAACAUAGAGAUUUGUCCCGCAGAACCCCGUGCUGCUGCCAGGUCCCCACUCACUAACUUGAAUGCAGAGGAGGAGGCUUGGGAUGACUUUGAGCCCAGCAGCUUAGAUACUGAAAUAAACCCAGGAGGUGGAAUCACGGCUGCAAGACCUGUUACCUCAGGGGAGCAAAAGGCCACUUCUACUUUGCUUCCACUCACCGAAGAGGCCAAGCCUUUGAAAUCAAGCCUACCCCAAAAGACCAGUCUUGUACGAAGCAGGGAUGACCCAGACCAAACCAAGCCACCAAAAGUGUUGUCACAAGAAAGGCGCCUUAAAGUUCCAUCAGAACUUGGUUUAGGAGAGGAGUUUACCAUUCAGGUGAAAAAGAAGCCAGUAAAAGACCCAGAGUUGGAUUGGUUUGCUGAUAUGAUCCCAGAAAUUAAGCCUUCAGCUGCUAUUCUUAUUUUACCUGAACUGAGGACAGAAACAGUAGCUCCCACCAAGGAUAAUGUCUCAUCAGUGAUGCACUUUUCCUCAAAAUUUGCUGCAGCAGCAAUUACUGAGGGAGAGUCUGCAGGCUGGGGAGAAGACGGCGAUCUGAACUGGGAAGACAAUAACUGGUGACAACGGGUGUGAGUUAAUCUUUAGGAAAAUGGAUUCCUUUUUUAAAAAAAUCAAACUAAUACCUCAAAAGCAGGCUCUGCAGACAAGAAAACCCAAAAGCAUCCUGUUUUUCUCAUACCAGGAGCUCUUUUUCCAGUCAGUGCCAACGGAAGUGUGAGACCUGGCGUGCUGGUGGGGAGCCCUGGGCGGUGCAGAGGUUCCCAGCCCUUCUCAGAGGAGGAGGCUGUGUGUCUGACUGAGGCCAGUUUCUGUGAAGAGCAAGUGGCUGUGGAAAGGUUGAACUUACUGCUUUUUUCCAGAACAAUUCUGGAAGUAAAGAAAAUACAAAAACUCAAGCUGAUUAGCUUAAUUUUGUGCUAUUUCUUUAUCAGAAGAGUAAGCUCUAUUAUGAAAUCAACUUACUGAAAAAAUUUUAGCUAUAGAGUAUAUAAAUGAUUUUAAAUUGCUAAGGUUUCCUUAGGCAGCUUAUUUGUUUGUUUACAGAUGUACCAUCUAUCUGAGUGAGUUACCGACUGUUCCUGUAUUAUUACCUUGUACCAAAGCUCUUCAUGAGACAUAUGCCCCACCAUC